AUGGGUCGUGAUGAAACUCUAUGCAUGAUAGUAGAUGAUGGAGGCAAAAAUGGCGACGAAGCGCAUCAAAAUGCAGAGUGGUUUAAUGCGAUUAUGUCUGCACUCAUUCCGUCCAGAGCUUUACAAUUGGAAAGACCUUUACAACCGCUGGAUUUUUUUGAAUGCGUCUGGGAUGUUGAUGUGGUUAGUGUUCCGAAGCUGAAGAGACCACCUCGCCUGAGGACUCACUCCAGAACAUCUGUGUUCGUCUUCCACAAGUUCCUGAACCGAAGCGUUUGUGUUUCUAUGCUCACACCAUCAUACUUUGUAAACGCCGUAUGGAACCAGCUGUAA